AGUCUGCCGACGGGCAUAGAGCGCGCGCCCGCUAUACGACUGUCAUUCCGUGUUAUACGCUGAAGCCGUUCUAAGUGCACAUGAUAACAUAUAUAUGUGUACGUCUUUUGCGGUACACGCGUGUUGCUAUAUAAUGUGCACGUGAAAGGGUCGCCGCCGACAAACUUUAAGUAGACUACGUGUUUAUUGAAUAAAUCGGGCGGAGGCGGCGGCAUCGCGUCUACUCCAUGCUACGAGAUAGAAGCUGUCUUCAUCGGACUUGUUUUUCAAGAUAAUGAAGAUAUUAAGUUUUCACAAGAGCGGACACAUUCCAUUACAAGGAAAAUUCCAGUGGGAAAAAGUGUCUUCUACCAGAUGCCACCGCCCGCGCGCCCCGCGCACUACCCUGCCGCGCACCGCGCGAUGCGCUAUUACCGCAUCUGGAUCUACGCGUGCAACGGGGCAUUGCUACUUGGUGCGCUCGCGUUCUGCACGGCGGCAGGCCGUGCGCUUGCAGACUAUCGUCGCACUCUCGUGCCUGGUCUGGGCGCCGCGCAGCCCGGCUUUCUGUACGGAUACGCGGCCCUACCUGCGCAGGCUGGUCUUCUGCAGCUACUCGGCUGCCUCGCCGCCCUGCGUCUCUCCGAGCGUAUGCUUAACGCAUACUGGUUUGCUCUACUUGCACUUUUAGUCGGUGACGCCGCGAUCGGUGUCUAUUGGGCGUUCCGUUUCGAGCGUGUAUGCCGAGAGUUACGACCACAGCUGCGCAUACGUCUUGCAAGAGAUUACGAAAACGACGUGGAUUUCUCCGAGGCGUGGGAUCGUCUACAAAAGGAACAACGUUGUUGUGGAGUAACCGGUCCUGCCGAUUUUGCUGCUUUUAAUCGCUCGGCAUUACCGCCUAGUUGUUGUCGGAUUCCAGCACAUUCACCAGCCGUAACAUCUGCUUCUUUAGCGAUUAUAUCAGUUACAUCACCGGCACCAUUCACUCCAGUUCAUUGCGCACCACACACGGCAGCGUGUGCAGAGAGGCUGCUUUCCUGGCUACGUCGAACAGCGGAUGCAUUAUUCGUCCUUGGCUAUUGUGUCAUCGCAUUUUUAAAAUUGUGCUUCCUGGGUAUUCUAAGAUACGAGAUAAAAGAAAUGAUUCAAAAAAUAAGAAUAUUACGUAGUGAGCUAGGCGCUGGGGAGUUUAUGGAUGGUAGCCCCAUUCAUGGCGGGCCAUUGUCUCAGACUGUUGUUGUAAAUGCUGUUAACGCAAACGGCGGAGUUCGAACUCACGGCGGUAGUCCAGAAAGGGCGGGAGAAAGAGAAGCUCUCCUUGGUCGAAGCGCCGAACCAUGUGCUCGUCGGAGUAUACACGACGAGCCGCUCAGUCUGAAAACCAUAAACGGCAACAAUAACUGCGAGAUGCGGGAAUUCGCUCGUGGCGACUACCGGCCACUCGCGGCAGACAGCGCUGCAACUCGGAUCUGACUAAGAUGUUACUUGGAGCGGUUGUUCGGGCGGCGAUGGCGCUCAUUUCCUGCCGCUGGAUUUGAGGUGGAGCCCCCACUGGCGCGCGGAGCGCCAAUGUGCGUUCGUCGCACCAGUGGUGCCCGUGUUCGCCUUGACUAUCGCCGCCACACUCGCUCCGAAUUUGAGUUGUAAGGCCCACUUUUGACUGUUGUCCUUUAGAAAAUUAUAUCGUGCGGUGUAUUACAGUGUAUUGAAAGAUGAGGGUUUUUACGUAAUGAUUAUUAAAUGUCAAUAUGGACGUUACAGUGAAACAGUGACCAUUUAAAACAUUAAUACGGAUGUUAAUGUGUUCUUUAGUUGAACUGACUCCCACGAGCAAAGCUUGUGUUUAGUUCCUAUGCUUGGCAGUUAAAAUUUACUAGAUGUAUAAAUGAUAAUAUUUAUAUAUGCAUUAGGUAUAUAAAAUACUUUUGUUUCAAAUAGACGUAUUUACUCAUUUUGCACGUACUAUUAUUAUUAAUGUUUCAUAUUUUAUUGUGUAUUAGAGUACGUGGACGCUAACGUUAAACAUUUCGAUUUUAUUUUAAUAGGAAUACGAUUUAUAAAAAUACGUAAGUUAUUUAUUUUUUAGCACACGAAAUUUUCCAGUAAUUAAUCUGUAGGAUUUAUAAAAUAUUUGUGUAUUACUCGUACGUAUAUCGCUUUGGGAUAUGUAAAUGUAUUGUUCACUUUAAUUGCUCUGCCCCUCUUGUAUUUUAUAAAUAUUAUACGAGUACUUUAUAGAUUAUUUUUUAUAUCUCCUCUGCGAAACGCACAGUGGCUUUUUAUUGCAAAUGUGACCAAUUUUACCGAAUUAAAUGCAAAUGUUUGCAAAGGGUUUAAACAGCUGCACAUUGUUAGUACCUUUUUACAACGGACGGAUAAAUUGGGAUUAUUUACAAGAGAGCUUAUAAAAAAUUAAAAAUAACCUUGAAAGCAAUUUCCAAUAGAAAUAACGAGACUCGAAACGAAUAUUGCGUAGUAUUUGAUUAAAUGAUUGUUUAUUAUGAUAAUAAUGGUAAUUAUUUAGCAAUUAUUAUUGUAGUAAUACUGUGUCCGUUAAUAUAUUUUUUCACAGUGAAAUAUUACUUUUUAAAUACGUACGUAUGCAUAAUUUUUUACUUUAUUUUAUAAACAAACUCAGACCAAACAAAAAUUUUCGAUACAACAUUAUGUAAGUAAGUUUCAAGUGAUGUGACGACCACAUAUGAUAUAGUACAUACUGUAUAUGUGUGUAUAAUUGCGUGUUCUUACAAUAAGUUAAUCAUGGUUUUGGCGUCACUUGAAAUAUACGUAGUGUUCUGUAUAUCUUUGUUGGUCAUCGAAUAGCAAAAUUUUUGAGGUUAGUGAAGAUUUUAGUUAUUCUGUGUAGAUUAUCAUUAAUUCUUUAACAUAAUAAUUAGUGUGCAACUAAAUCAAUAAAAAUAGGAGAAACCAAUAAAAGGUACGUAGUCGUUUUUUUGUUUUAGAAAUUAGGUAAAAUCUUCACUGAACCAUUUCCCCGUUUGUACGAAUGUAAAUAGUUCUAGAAAUAAUUUGUGUGCAUGUACACGAGUAGGAUGCGAGUUGUUGUGCAUGAACAAACAAAAUAGUACUGAUAUGAGCUUAAAUGACGUAGUGCCUACGAAUAUAAUUAUGCUUGUAACAGUAUAAAGCGUAUAACUACAUUAAAUUUAAUACAAAUCCUUUUUCCAUUCCUAGAGAAGUUUUUCGUAAGACAUUAUCAACAUUGCUAAGACGCUCGAAAGUGAUAUAUACAUAAUAUUAUACGUCAUGGUAUGAAGGAUUACCUUAAUUUAAAUGGCUGUGUCCAAAUGAGGUUUCAAACCUUUUAAUGUCGUGUAGAGUGAAUCAAAAAUUAUAUUUAUUAUUAUUGUAAAAUGGCUGCGUGUUAGGUUGGUAAAAACAUUUCGUAAAUGUAACAAAUUAAGUAAUAAGCGGUCGAAAGUUAUAGAAGCGUUUGGAAUCUGAUACGCUGCAUAUAUGCAAUGGACAACAAUAAUUUUAUUAAAAGUGUUUUAAAGAGUUUAUAAAAUAUUGUUACAAAUCGGCAUUUAACACCGACCAUGUCGAAUGUAUUUAUAACCAAUUGUCAUAAUUCAUAAUAUGUCAUUUUUCUUUUCUUAACAAUAUAAAUAAAUCCAAAACAUAUUAUACCCAUCUACAUAUUUGUACUUAUUAAAAUGUACUUUUAGAUAUUAUAAUAUAAUAAUGAGUAUAAGUUAAUUACAUUGUUCGCUUAGAGUAGGUUUAGGUACUAUUAUGUGAAAUUAUGCAGAAAAAUAGUUUUUUAAUAUUGUUGUCACGUAAAUGUACCAAUCUUAUAAAAUUUUGUACCUAUGUUCGGAAAGUUGGAUAAUUUGUAGCUAGGAUCCAAUCUAAGACCUGCAUUUCUUCCAAGAACAGUAUAAUAACAUGUGCCUUGGCUAAAAAGAACUCGUUUAACUGACUUUAAUUUUGGCAUAAAUUAUUCGGUAUUUAAUACAAUUUUAUAAAAUAUAUAUAUUAGCAGCAUAUUAGAGACAACUCUCUAUGUGCUCCUAAUCUUUUACUGUCGACUUCUUUACCUACCAGCUAACUUCCCGAGUAUAAAAAUAUAUUGUAACUUUAAUUGUUUUUAAAUAUUAUGUAGAUUUGUAAAUAAGAGAAAAUUUAGUAUGAGGGUAAUACAGUCCUGUGAGGAUCAAAUAAUUUUCUCGUAAAUGCUUGUAAAAAAAGAUUAUCUUUACACUAUUUCAAUUUUAAAUUAAAGAAAAACUUAAGCUAUUUUUUCUUUGAUUUAGUAAAAUUAGAUACAAAAUUUAUUAUUAAAUUAUAAAAUUACAUUCUACAUAGAAUGUUAUAAUAUGUUAAGAUAUAGAGCUUGUGUGUUUAAUUUAUCGCUGUAAACUUUAUUCUGUGUUCAAUGUCAUUUUUCAAGUAAUGAGUGUUUCGUAAUUAUUGUAUUCAGUAUUUGUAGUGGAGUUGAUACAACUUUCCGAAGGUACGCACUAGGCGACAGAGAGCUAAUAUUAUCAUAAUAAAUGCAUCAAAUAAAGAGUUUGUUAAAUG